AUGGCACAUGGGGGACUGUGUGCGACAACCUCUGGGGCGUCAACGCCGCCCACAUGGUGUGCCAGCAGCUGGGUUGUGGGGAGGGCGUUGGCCACCCCAGGGAAUGGCCACUUGGUUGCAGGGGUGGGGGGUGGCGGCGUGGGACACAUCCUCCUGGACUAUGGGCAGUGUCAAGGCAUGGAGACCACACUAGGCCAGCGUGGCUAUCUGGGUCUGUCCAUCCACAACUGUGGCCACCAUGAGGAUGCUGGGCUCAUCUGCACAGAUACUGACUUCCAGCUUUCUCCUGAGGCUGCCAGAGCCAUGACUCUCAGUGGGGGACCUGGAAACCAAUUUUCUGCUUCAAUUUCAGCCACAGAUUUGGCCCUUACACCUGAUGGGCACCUGGAUGGUUUCUGGAUUUGGGCUGUUGUGGAUGCUUCUGCUAUGUCCAAAUCUUUCUGUGGGCAUGCAUAUUCGUUCAUCUUGAGUAAAUACCAAAUGGAAGCGCUGGGUUGUACAAUAUGGUUUUUAGAGCGAACGUAUGAGCUCUUCACCAUCAAGAGUAAAAAGCCGCCUCUGCGCCUGGCGGGCGGGCGGAGCCGCUGUGAGGGCCGGGUAGAGCUGCGGCACCAGGGCGUGUGGGGCACGGUGUGCGACGACCACUGGAACAUCAGGAACGCCCGCGUGGUGUGCCGCCUCCUGGGUUGCGGCCGUGCUCUGGGCGCCCCGGGCCGCGCCCGCUUUGGCCAGGGCAGCGGGCCCAUCCUGUUGGACGACGUGCGCUGCACCGGCCACGAGGACGAGCUGGAGCGCUGCACCCACUCGGGCUGGGCCCGGCACAACUGCCAGCACCGCGAGGACGCGGGCGUGGUGUGCGCAGGUCUGGCUGACUCUCUUGUACCUAAGGACAAUGCCCAGCUAUCCUGCUUGCCUCACCUCUUCCAAGCCGUCAUUGACCGAGGCUAUCUCCGGAGGCUGGGCUACUCCUCCUGGGACAUCCACUUAAAUGAUGAGCUAUGUCGCCCCAAAGUCACAGGACGCUACCUGAUCUUCAACAUUCCCUAUGGCCACUGUGGCACUAUCCAGCAGGAGCACCUCGGCUCCCUCAGCUACUCCAACUCCAUCAGAGGCCGGAAACGGGGCCACCCUGGCCGAGUCAUUGUGCGGCACAAGGUGCCCAAGCUGAAGUUCACCUGUAGGGCAGACGGCCCAUCCACAGUUGAAAUCAUUCAUGGGGAUGACACCCCAACGGAGGGUGCUGGCUACACCGUGUCUAUAUCCUUCCUCCAGUCCCCUGAGUCCCAGCAUGUGGGAGGCAUGGUGCCCUACUAUGACAGCCAGAGGAAAGAGGUCUUCCUCCAAGCCACCCUCCACAGCCCCAAUCCCAACCUGAUGCUCUUCGUGGAUACCUGUGUGGCUUCUCCUGAUCCCCAUGAUUUUACAACCAUCAAGUAUGAUUUGAUCCGGCAGGGGUGCAUCAAAGACAAUACCUACAUCAACCUCCGUCCCCGCCAGAAGAACAUGGCUCAGUUCAAGUUCAAUGCCUUCAGCUUUCUUGACAGCUAUGAUGUGGUAUAUCUGCAGUGUAAGGUUGCAGUGUGCAAGGUGGGGGAUUAUGCCUCUUUCUGCUCCUGGGGCUGUACAGGACAGAGUAGGAGUGGUGCAGGCCCCAUGGAGGCCAAGGAAAAGCAGACUGAGCAUUUCCAAAUGGUGGGGCCACUGGAGAUCCACAAAGUCACUGCUCAGAGGAGGACUCUUGAGUGAUUUCUGCAAUUUUCAUGUGAAUCUGUAGAAAGCAAAGUCUAUUUCUCUUCAGUAAUGUUUGACCAAUCAGAUGCUAUCCGCAUAGAGACAGGUCAAAGAAACAGCCAGAGGGGAUUGCUUCUCUGAGGUUUGUUACUAAACAAUCUUCUCUGAUUACUAAACUUCUAAGGCAAUUACUCUCUUUGCUGCCACAAAUGCUACAUUUUCUAAUUCUUGUCUUAAAGUGUACAAAAUGUUACAAAGAGCAGGGUUAUCUCUCUAUACCGCAUUGUCAAUUUAAAGAUUGUCUUUUUAAGUUGACUGUUUAAUCAUCAGAUGCUAUUAAGUGGAUCUCUGUUUUUAUCCUCUGAUGGUACGAGGAUUUAUUUUCAACUCUUGCCAAGAGUCUUAGGAAAAAUAAAAUAAGUGUCUGUCACUCA